CAUGACUCAGAACAUUCAGAUGUACACUUAUAAGGGUCUGAAUUAUCAGAUUAUGAAAGAAUCUAAGAAAGAGUUAGAAUUCAUGAAAGCAGUUUCAGAGAUGAUAGAGAAGAUGAUAAUAAAGUUUCUACAUGAUGAGAUCUAUAGUAACUAUGAAAUAUCAUGUGAGAUUCUAACUAAUAACAGUGUGAACCUUGUAGAAGAAGUGAUGAGGUAUUUCAUAA